AUGGAAAGCAUUUUCCCGAGGUCAUCGCUCUGGCGGCCCGGGGUCGGAGUCACUGCGGGUGUCGUCGACGCCGGGUAUGAAGGUGCUCUCGGUGCCUUGAUCGAAGUCAAGAAUCCCCACGGCGUCGUUCUGCAUCGAAACGCCAAGCUCGCCCAGAUUGUAUUUGAGGAAUUGGGCGAAGCUGUAGAAGGGUACAAUGGCAUCUACCAGUCUUCGACGAGCAGUGUCGGGCGCGGUGGGACUGGUCAGCCUGCAAAGGCUUGA